AUGUCGAAGAAACGUGGAUUAUCAUUGGAAGAGAAACGCGAGAAGAUGACUGAAUUUUUUCACGAAAAGAAAGAUUUUUUCACCCUGAAGGAACUCGAGAGACUGUGUCCAAAGGAAAAAGGAAUACCGUCCAUGACAGUCAAGGACGUGCUGAUGAGUCUUGUUUACGACGGCAUAGUCGACACCGACAAAAUCGAAAAUCAGCGUCGUAAAAAAAUUGAAGAUCUUCGAAAUGAAUUAUCGCAAACCGAGUCCCGCCUCCAAAGCGUCCUAAGAGCACUUAGCGAGGCUAAAGUAGGCAAGGAGGAUACUGUUGAUCGAGUAGAAACCAUAUCCACGUUAGGUGCCAAUGAAUCACUUCUGCAGGAGCUUAAUAAUGAGCUCUCACAACUUCAGAAAUAUCACCCAGAUCGUCUUCAUGCUGUACAGUCGCAAACAAAAACUGCAACCGAAUCCGCUAACCGCUGGACAGACAACAUCUUUCAAGUGACCUGCUGGGCGAAGGAAAAGUUUGGUGUUGAUGAAUCGACGCUUCUUAAACAAUUCCGCGUUCCCGAAAAUUUUGAUUAUUAUGAUAAUUGA